GAAAACAGAAAAAAAGAGACGACCCAUUUCAGACAGUUGCAGCAUCCAGAGAGAGAGAGAGAGAGAGAGAGAGAGAGGACGAAGUGCGCGCUGUGGAGACACGCCGGAAAGAAUGGCAGACGUCGUGGUGGGAAUGGAUGCUGCAUGGGUUUUGCCGGAGGUAAUGGUGGAUGCCGACUGAGAAGCUACAGAGAGAGAGAGAGAGAGAGAGAGAGAGAGAGAGAGAGAGAGAGAGAGAGAGAGAGAGAGAGAGAGAGAGUCUAAGAUGACCAUUGACACGGGAGGAAUUUGCAAUCCAACCCUGACAUUGAAUGGGAGGAAUGGUUUUUGAUAAUCUUGUAGAAGAGAUGUGGCCAUGGCUCUUUACAGGCACAAUAGUGAAUCAUUGCCAGAAAGGAGAGAUUUCUAUGGCGCAGUUAUUAGGUCAUGCGAUCGAAACGAGAAUGGUUUGCGGUUUCGUCGAGGAAGGAAGUUUGGUCGGGUCACAAAGCGGAGAUUGUCAGCCUGGACAUUUUUACUCGCGCUGAUGUCUCUCAUAUAUUUCUCAGUCUUUGGCAUGAAGUUGCCAUUUCAUGGUUGGCAGGAUUUUGGUGCUAAUAUCAGCAUUUCAAACUUCUUGGACGAGAAUCCUGUUGAGCCCUUCAUUUCAAUAGAAAGUAGCCACUUACUACCAGGGAACAAUCAAAACACAAUAGGAGGUUCACAUUAUCGAUUGGGAUUGGAAGUUCCAAAUAAACAAAAAAGCAAGCACCGAAAGCAACAUAUUCCAUGUGAGGUUGGAUUUGUGGAGUCAGUUGAUGACAUUGUUGAACCCAAGGAUGCCAUGAAUUUUACACAAUUUUCUAUAGGAUAUAUUAAUAAAGAGGAGAAACUUUAUGGGCAUGAUACAUAUGAACCCAGAUUUGGUGGGCAUCAGACUCUUAAAGAAAGAGAGAACUCAUUUUAUGCAAGAAAUCAAACUCUCCAUUGUGGUUUCGUGAAAGGACCUAAGGGGUCUCCAAGCACUGGAUUUGAUGUGCACGAAAAUGACAGGAAAUACAUGAGUACCUGCCGCAUUGUGGUAUCAUCUUGCAUUUUUGGAAGCUCUGACUUUAUGAGGAGACCAACAAAGAAAAAGAUUAGUGAAUAUUCUCAGAAAAAUGUUUGUUUUGCUAUGUUUAUGGAUGAGCUGACAAUGACAAAGCUGUCGUUAGAGGGACACGUUGCAGAUGAUGAUGGAUACGUUGGUUUGUGGAAAAUAGUUGUUGUGAGGAACUUACCAUAUAGAGACAUGCGAAAAACUGGAAAGGUGCCUAAAUUUUUGUCGCACCGUCUUUUUCCAUCUGCUAGGUAUUCUAUUUGGAUUGACAGCAAAAUGCGACUUAACACUGAUCCUAUGCUGAUUCUUGAAUACUUCCUAUGGCGAAAGGGUGCCGAAUAUGCUAUUUCAAACCACUAUGAUCGCCACUGUGUCUGGGAGGAGGUACUCCAAAAUAAGCGUCUGAACAAAUACAAUCACAGAGCCAUUGAUGAACAGUUUCAGUUCUACCAAUCUGACGGUCUCACCAAGUUCAAUGCAUCAGAUGAAAGCACUCCUCUUCCAAGUUAUGUACCCGAAGGUUCCUUCAUUGUGCGUGCCCACACGCCUAUGUCGAAUUUAUUUUCAUGCCUCUGGUUCAAUGAAGUUGACCGUUUUACCUCCCGUGAUCAACUGAGCUUUGCAUAUACCUUCUUAAAACUGAGGAGAACGAAUCCGGGGAGACCAUUCAUUCUGAACAUGUUUAAGGACUGUGAACGGAGGGCACUAGUAAAAUUGUUCCAUCAUAGAGCAGAUGGGCAACCCCCACCUGCAUCUCUCUGAUUGCUUGAGAAUUUUCUGACCUCAAGUUUAGUGCGAAGGUUGAGAGACCCUUUGGUUCCAGGCUUGGUUGAUGAUGGAAUGGGCCGGUAUUCAUCCACGUUCAGAAAUUCAUUUUUCUCCAAAAACACAACCAAUAGAGAUCUUAUAUCAACUGGUUUGAUCUAUAUGCAGCAAACGACAUCCUCAUGGCUUCAUCCAAGCACCUGUACAUUUGCCAACUCAAGUAAAUUGUAUAUCUGCGAGCCUCAGCAUUCACUAUGGCAUUUUUAUUUUCUUCUUUAUUUGCAGUCAAACUCGAUUGUCAGUAGUUCAAAAUUUUCUUGGCUGAUUUUUCAAGUCAUGUGCGCAAGCAAUAUUUUUGCCAUUCCUGAACAAAAUUUCAAUAGAAAAAUGGAAGGAAAACUAACAAAAUUAGUCCCUUAU